UUCUUCUUCUUCUGCUUCUUCUCUCUUCUAAUCUUCUAAUCCUCAACAUUAUUCUUUCUUUCUAAUUCAAUAGACAUGGGUGUCUGUUUUUCUUCCGCCGGCGACCACCGAUCCCCUCAAGGUUCAGCGCGUGGGAGUAGGGACUUGACAGUAUCCUUGGGGAGCGUGGAAGGAAAGCGUGAAGUUUCGGAGGAGUCUGGGGUUGUCGGAAGCAGCAGUGGUUGGAGUAACAGCAACAACAGCAACAGUGACACUAACAGUAAUAGCAUUGUUUAUCCGAGUUUGGAAACGAGGAAGUUGAAGGAGUUUAGUUUCGCGGAGCUGAAAGCAGCUACGAAGGGUUUCAAGUCAGAUGCGUUGCUUGGAGAAGGAGGUUUUGGGAAAGUUUACAAAGGAUGGUUGCAUGAGAAAACUCUGACACCAACCAAAGCUGGUUCUGGAAUCAUGGUAGCUAUCAAAAAGUUGAAUCCCGAAAGUAUGCAGGGCCUUCAGGAGUGGCAGUCAGAAAUCACGUUUUUGGGAACAGUUUCUCACCCAAACCUGGUGAAGCUUUUGGGUUACUGCUGUGACGAUGUGGAGUUUCUCCUUGUGUACGAAUUCAUGCCAAAGGGAAGCUUGGAGACUCAUCUAUUUUGGAGAAAUAAUAACACAGAACCUUUGUCUUGGGACACUCGACUGAAAAUAGCUAUUGGUGCAGCUCGGGGUUUGGCUUACUUGCACACCUCAGAUAAGCAAAUCAUAUACAGAGAUUUCAAAGCCUCCAAUAUAUUACUUGAUGAGGAGUUCAACGCGAAAAUAUCAGAUUUUGGUUUGGCAAAACUAGGCCCUUCUGCGGGAGAUUCACACGUGACAACGAGAAUCAUAGGAACAUAUGGUUAUGCUGCUCCAGAAUACAUUGCAACAGGUCACCUAUAUGUGAAAAGUGAUGUUUAUGGAUUUGGUGUGGUGCUGCUUGAAAUGCUGAAAGGGAUGAGAGCACUUGAUCAAAAGCGGCCUUCAGGGCAGCAGAAUCUGGUUGAAUGGAUUAAGCCUUAUCUAUCUGAUAAAAGUAAGUUGAAAAGUGAUAUUAUGGAUGAGAAGAUUGAAGGUCAGUAUUCAACAAAUGCAGCACUGAAAGCAGCACAGCUUACUCUAAAAUGCCUUGAAACUGACCCUAAACUGCGUCCUUCUAUGCAACAAGUUCUUCACACAUUGGAAACCAUCCAAGCUAUCAAACUUAGAAGGAGGAAAAGAACCAAACAUUGCUCUAAGUUCGCAACUAUCAACAAUUUCCAAUAGUUUUCAUAUACUAACACUUAGCUUAUUCAAUUACUCGCAUUCUGUUUUCUGAAAGGAUAAUUAGGUUAGAUGCUUGUACAAACAGUUACAAAAAUACUUGGGAAAAAACACUAUUUUU